ACACCUGAUACCUCAAAAAACAAAAAUCAUUUACUCACUCGAGAAAGCGAAAAGCACAGAAUCAAAAGAAGAGUUCUUUUUUGAGGGAGAAGAGUUCUUUUUUGAGAGAGAUUGAGAUGGCUUCGACGAAGAAGAUCACACUGAAGAGUUCGGACGGCGAGACCUUCGAGGUGGAGGAGGCGGUGGCGGUGGCGGUGGAGUCCCAGACGAUCAAGCUCAUGAUCGAGGACAACUGCGCCGACAGCGGAAUUCCUCUCCCCAAUGUUACCAGCAAGAUUCUGGCCAAGGUUAUCGACUAUUGCAAGAAGCACGUUGAGGCCAAUUGCGCUGAUGAGAAGCCCAGUGAGGAUGAACUCAAGGCUUGGGACGCUGAUUUCGUCAAGGUUGAUCAGGCCACCCUCUUUGAUCUCAUUCUGCGCCAAUAUCUUGAAAGGCAGUGUUGUUUCUGAGUAAAGAGAACGCCAUGCAGGGGAAGAUUUCAAAGGCUUGAGAUGCCAAUGUUAUUUGCAUAAUCAAAGAUUCAGGAGAGACUUGAAGUUAUUGAAAAGGAUCGAUGUGAGUAUACAUUAGAAGAUGAAGAGCAAAAGGUGCAGAGUGUUAAGCUGAUGCUGUGGUGCUGAAGAAAACUCUUUCCUGUUCUUACCCCAACUUUUCUUUCACCGAAGCACUUAAAAAAGAAAAUGAAAAACUUCAAGUAGAGCUACAACAUUCACAAGCAAAUAUGGAUUUACAUCAGUAUGAAUUCAUUCAACAUUUGCUAGAUGUCACAGAAGUUGCAGCUCUUUAUGAUUCUAAAAAAAAAAUCACAAGACAGUAGAGUAUAGUGACCACAGUGAUUCUGAUGCCAAUGGUGACAAAGCUCAUUCUUCCGAUGAAAAAAUCCACAAAAAGAAUGACACUCAUUCCGCAUCUGGGUAAUCUUAUCUCACUUGUCCAGAUUUCAUGUGUUUUGGGUGAUCUCAGGAAAACUACUUGACCAACAUUAUAAUUUAUAGUAGUUAAAUGAAUUUUGAGCAUUACAUAUCUGACCUCUAAGAAUGACACUCAUUCUGCAUCAAGAUCAUCAGUUUCAGAAAAGGAUCUGCUAUCAACUGGAGGUUCAUAUCACCGGGAAGAUUGGCAUACUGAUUUACUUGCUUGUUGUUCUGAACCUUGUCUUUGUAUGUUCUCUUGUUCUGUUAAUUUCAUUUUCUUUAUUACAAGUAUAUUGUGGUUCACUGUGUCUGUCGCCUUAUUAAUUAGAAUGGCAUCCACUUACUUUUCAGUUAAGUUAGCAGUACUGUUUCAAAACCCUUUGCAUGAAUGGUGCAGCAAAACAGCCUAAACCCUUAUUCACAUAUCUGUUAAUUUGUACCAGUAGGAAGAUUGGUAGUUGGUCUUUUUUUUUUUUUUCUGUGUAUUCUCCACCUAUUAUUGUGUGGUUCUUCUUUGUCUUCAUACAUAUUCUUAUACUCAAGAUGCCUCUGCUGAGGUGCAUGAGAAUUUGAAGUUUAGGAAAUAGGAAUGAGGUGGCUUACGUGAUGUGCCUGAAAUAUUUGUGUUGGUGGACACAUGUUUCACUAUGAAGAUUGAGUGAGGAUAGAAGUUAGUAAGGGUAAUUGUUGGAUCUGAAUUUCUUUUCGCAUUUUCCUUGAGUUAAGUUGUAGUAAUUGUAUAGGUGUAGUUUCAAUGAGCAUAAUAACCCCUUGUUCUUCAAAGAAGUUAUUGAGGGUGGACCAGCGGUGCCGCCAUUGAUGCGUAGCCGCGAAUGAAUCUGUGGUAAAAUCCCGUAAGUCCCAAGAAACUGCGCUCAACCCUGGUUGUUGGUGGAGUUGGCCACUGUUGUAUGGCAUCAAUUUUUGAAGUUAGAGGUUCCACUCCCUUGUGUGAUACGAGAUGACCAAGAUACUUAACCUGACUUUGAGCAAAGAAACAUUUGGUCAUUUUCAAAAAAAAUUGAUUGGUAGACAACACUUGAAAGGUUAGUUCCAAAUGAAGGUGAUCUGUGAAUGAGGCACUGUAAAUCAGUAUGUCAUCAAAGAAAAAGAUGACAAAUUGAUGUAGAUAAGGCUGAAAAAUUUUGUUCAUUGUAGCUUGGAAGGAGGAUGGCGUGUUGCACAACCCAAAUGGCAUUACUCUGAAUUUGUAAUGACCAUGGUGAGUGUGAAAAGCUGUUUUGGGCAUAUCAGUCGAAUGCAUGCGUAUCUGGUGGUAGCCUUGCAGAAGGUCAAGUUUUAAAAAACAUGUUGCACCUCCUAGCUCAUCAAGGAGCUCAUCUAUCGUAGGGAUGGGAAAGGGGCUAGUGCUUGGUUGGAUUAAGCCCUUUUGCAACAUCAUUUCUACUUGAAGCUCAAUUUCACACUUCUGAAAGUGUAGAUAACGGUACGGGUGGACAUUGACGGGGGUGGAUUGAGGGAGCAGGUGGAUAUGGUGGUCUGUGGUUCGCUCAGGUGGCAAGGUGUCAUGUGGGUUGAACAAGAAAUGGAACUUAGAGAGGAGGUCGAGGAUGGUGGAAGGAAGGUUCUGAGUGGUUUCUAUUUCCUCAGGGAUGAUGGAUAUAUGGCAAUAUAGGCUAGUCCUUUGUGUACGAGAUAGGCGGCAAAAUUUAGGAGUCAACAGGUUGAAGGUGGAUGCAUCGUCGUCGACAAGUUCAACCAGACGCCCAUCAUGAAAGAAUUGCAUGCGUAAGGUGUUAUAGUUCAUGAGGACGGGACCCAAGGAUUUGAGCCACUGAACACCUAAAUCCACGUUGGCGUGGAUAAUACGUGGAGGUCAACCAGCAAUUGGGCAGAUUGAAUGUGAGGGGGAUGGUUUUGCAAACAUGUGUGCACUGAAGAUGCUGGUCAUUUCCCACCAUGACGUGUAGCGGGGAGGUCUCACAACAAGGCAAUUGUAGUUGAGUCACCUACAUGAAAUUGUGGGUGCUGUCACCGUCCACCAGCACCACGACACGACGGUCGGAGAUCGUACCCAUUAAACGCAGUGUCUCUCGAGCUAAAAUACCUGCCAAUGAGUUCAGGCUAAUUUGGGCUGGGCUCAAGUCAUAUCUGAUUUAUCGGGUGGGUCGGGUAAUGGGUCAGGUAGCGGGUCAGGUAGCGCUAUAUCAGGCAAAGAGGGGUCUUCAUCUUCUGCAAUUAGAAGAAAAAUCCUAGAGCCACAACGAUGACCUUUAUGGAAUUUCUCAUCGCAAUUGAAGCAAAGAUCAUGUUCCCGUCGGAGAGUGAUCUCUUCCGGAGAAAGGCGCUUCAUUGUCGGAGGAGCAGGGCGACCAGGAGGGGGCAAUAAUGGAGGAAGGGAUGGGGUUGUGAAGGGGGUACAGGUGGAAUUGGGGGUGGUGGAGGCUGAGGAAGAUGGGUUUGGGGUGUCUUACAAGAAAGGAAAGGUUACGUGAAAAUGUGCUACGAACGUCUCUAUACUACUAUUGAUCAGAAUUCCUUCACAAGAGUGCAGAAUGGGAAAGCGAGACUGAAGUUGAUAAAGAACGGAUGGGAAAGAAAGGAAAUAUUACGAGAAAAUUUGGAAAUGUGCUACAAACGCUACUCUACUCUGUAUUAUUGAUCGGACCUCUUUCAGCAGAGUGCAAAGUGCAGAGUGGGAAAACAAGAGUGAAGGAGGAUGGGGAGAAAGGAAAGGUUACUUGAAAUUCUGGAUGUGCGUGCGUUCGUUCGUUCGUAGCACAUUUGCACAUAUUUUCACAUAACCUUUUCUUUCUUCUCCAUCCGUGCUAAGGAGGUGAAGAAAAUGAUGAUGUUCCGAUCAAUACUAUGUCUGUUUCUUCUCUCUCGCUCUCUUACUUUUCCUUCUGUUUCACCAGGUAAUCUUCUUAACUUCUGUUUAAAAAUAUGAAUGGUAGUGUAAAUUAUUGGUUUAUAUAUAUAUUUGUUGCACGACCCCUGUGCCCAACUCCCUUUUUCCUUGGCUGAUGGAAUUCAAUGUGAAAUGCACAUUUUGUCGAUAACAUUUUCAUUCCAUCCAUAAAGGUAAAGUUAUAAGUAUACUUGAGCUGAAAAUAGGAUAGUUGACAACAUGACAUGAUUCAUCAUUAAUUUCAAUGGGAUUAGGUUGAUGCAAAGACAGUAACAGAUAGUGAUUUUUUAACCGUGUAUGUUUACGUAGUAAACCCAAGAGAAUCAGCCUAGCCCCUCGUUGAAGAUUAGAUGUGCGUAAACAAAGAAACUUUAUAGAAGCUGAUGCAUUGCACAGACAGAUUAUCGAGUCAGGAUAUCGAUUAGUCUUGUUUUUCUUUUUAUUAUAUCUAUAUUUUUUUAACCAGGAAAUAUAGGAUUCGAUUAAGAUAAUGUUCAAACAAGAACUAGUGUUAUAGUGUUAAGUUGUUGUGAAAGUUGUUAAUGAACUCUAGAAACAAAAUAGGAGAAUUGAUGUAUCAGGUACAAUGUCAUAUGGUUAGGAAGUUAAGACGGAACUUACAAAGAUUGUUCAAGACAGAUAUUUGAGAAUUCGUGUUCAUAAGAAAGAUGACUAUGAUCGCUUUAUAGAUGAUGUAUAUUGUCAUGUCAUUUUUGUAUAGGUAUUCAUUGAUUUCAAGUAUAUAUUUUGUCAUUUCAAGUAUAUAUAUUAAUGUAUACACAAAGAGAAUAACAAAAUGUAUACUUGAAAUGGAUGAAUACUUAUACAAAAAUGACAUGACAAUAUACAUCACCUACAAAGUGAUCAUAGUUAUCUUUCUCGUAAAUACGGAUCCACAAAUAUAUAUCUUGAACAAUCUUUGUAAGUUUCGUCUUAGCUUCUUAGCCAUAUGGCAGUGCACCUUGUGCAUCAAUUUCCCUUAUGCAUUAAUUUUUCUAUUUUGUUUCUAGAGUUCAUUAACAGUUUCCAUAACAAAUUGACACUCUAACACUAGUUCUCGUUAGAGCAUUAUCUUAAUUGAAUCAUAUAUUUCCUGAUUAUGAUUUCCUGAUUUUUAAUAAGAAUUGUCUUAAAUAAGCAAACAAUUAAAAGAGAAAUACCAAGAAUCGAUAAUAUGUCUGUGCAAUGCAUUAGCUUCUAUAAAGUUCCUUUGUUUAGGCGCAUCUAAUCUUCGACGACAGGCUGCAAGUACAUGGACUGGGAUCAAGGCUGAUUUUCUUGGGUCUACUAUGCUAACAUAUACGGUUAAAGAAUCAUUAUCUGUGACUGCCUUUGCAUUAACCUAGUCCCAUUGAGAUUAAUGAUGAAUCAUGUCAUGUUAAUUAUCACAUUUUCAGUUCAAGUAUACUUAUAACUUUAUUUUUAUGGAUGGAAUGAAAAUAUUAUCGAAAAGUGUGUAUUUCAUAUUGAACUCCACCAGCCAAGAAAAAAGGGAAUGAGUAAUUGCAUGAACAAGGGUGUGUAGUAGAGAAAUAUCAUAGAAAGUCAACUAUCUCUAUAAAUUAAGCAACACAAAUUUCAUUCACAAUGGGUAUAUUUUUGUUAUUAGGUGACUUAAGUAACAUGCUCAUCGUGAAUGAGAUUUGUGUUGCUUAAUUUAUAAGAAUAGUUAAUUUUCUAUGAAAUUCUUCCACUACACCCCCCUUUUUUCUUGACUGAUUGAGUUCAAUGUGAAAUGCACCUUUGCGGGUAACAUUUUCAUUCUCUAUAAAAAUAAAGUCAUAGGUAUAUUUGAGCUGAAAAUAGGAUAGUUGACAACAUGACAUGGUUCAUCAUUAAUCUCAAUGGGAUUAGGUUGAUGCAAAGGUAGUCACAGAUGAUAAAUCUUUAAUCGUGUAUGUUAGCGUAGUAAAUCCAAGAAAAUCAGUCUUGGUCUCAGUCCAUGUGCUUGCAGCCCAUCGUCGAAGAUUAGAUGCGCGUAAAUAAAUGAACUUUACAGAAGCUUAUACAUUGCACAGACAGAUUAUCGAGUCAGGAUAUCGGUUAGUCUGUAAUUUUUCAAUUCAUCAUAUCUAUGCUUUUAAUCAUCGAUAUUUUAUUUCUGAUUGUUUGUUUAUUUAAGGUGAUUCCUAUUAAAAGUUAAUUUUUUAAGGUAAUGCUCAAACAAGAACUAGUAUUAGAAUGUUAAGUUAUUGUGAAAACUGUUAAUGAACUUUAGAAACAAAACUGGAGAAUUGAUACACCAGGUGCAAUGUCAUAUGGUUAGGAAGCUAAGACGGAACUUACAAAGAUUGUUCAGGUAGACAUUUGAGAAUAAAUGUCUGUCUUGAACAAUCUUUUUAAGUUUCGUCUUAACUUUCUAGUUUAUGACAUUGUAUCUUGUGCAUCAAUUUUUCAUGUUUUAUUUUUAGUUCAUUAACAGCUUCCACAGCAACUUAACACUCUAGCAUUAGUUCUUGUUAGAGUAUUACUUUAAUCAAAUCCUAUAUUUCUUGGCUAGGAUUUUCUACAAUAUGCGGAUGAUACCAUUUUUGUGGGAGAAGCUACUUGGGAUAAUGUAAUUGCUAUGAAGACAAUGCUUAGAGGAUUUGAAUUGGCAUCAGGGCUGAAGAUUAACUUCUCCAAAAGCAGUGUUGGUAUUUUCAGGGCUCAAUCCAAUUGGGUUCAAGAGGCUGCUCGGUUCCUUAAUUGCAGAACCAUGGAGACCCCUUUUUUGUACCUGGGGAUCCCUUUAGGGGCUAAGCAUUCUAGUUGGAUGGUGUGGGAACCUCUCAUUAAAAAAUUUGAAUCAAAGCUGUCUAAGUGGAAUCAGAGAUUUCUAUCUAUGGCUGGGAAGGUCUCUUCGAUUAAUUCUGUCCUCACUGCUCUUCCUAUAUAUCUCCUGUCUUUUUUCAAAAUUCCCCAUAAGGUGGCCCGAAGAGUGAUUUCCUUGCAAAGGAACUUUCUAUGGGGGGGAGAUUCUGAUCAUAAGAAAAUAGCGUGGGUAAAUUGGAACAAGAUAUGUCUCCCCAAGGAGUUUGGAGGCCUUGGAAUCAAGGAUAUUAAGAAAUUCAAUGCAGCCUUGUUGGGAAGAUGGAUUUGGGACCUAUCUUCUAACCAAGAUCAGCUUUGGGUUCGAACCUUAUCAUCCAAAUACGGGGGCUGGACAGAUCUAAUCAAUGGCAGAGAUAGGCCUUGGCAUUCUCAAUGGUGGAAGGACCUCAGAAAGCUAGUUAAGCAGCCUGAAUUUAGCCCUAUUAUCCAGCACAUGGAGUGGAAGGGUAGGGGAUGGGAGUUUAAUUAAUUUCUGGAAGGACAAAUGGUUGGGGACUGGUUCUAACUUGGAUCAGCAGUUUAAUCAGAUGUUCCUCAUCAGCAGACAGCAGAAUAGUAAGAUUUGCGAUAUGGGUAGCUUAUCCAAUGGUACAUGGCGUUGGGAUUUAAAAUGGAGAAGAAACCUCUUUGAUCAUGAACAUGCAGAAGCUGUGACUUUCAUGGAGCUGAUCAGUAAUGUCCAGAUCCAACCUCAGGUGAAGGAUUCCUUGCGUUGGUCAGCAGAUUCUUCGGGCAUUUACUCUUCUAAGUCAGCCUACAGACUGCUAAUUGCUGCUAACAGAGAUAUUCCUCAGCCAAAUAUCUACAAUUCGUUUUGGAGACUUAACAUCCCCCCAAGAGCUGCAGUUUUCGCUUGGAGAAUUUUAAAAAACAGGUUACCCACUAGAUACAAUCUUUUAAAAAGAAACGUAUCCACCCCAGAUCAAACAUGCCCUUUAUGUAGCUCUCAUCAAGAGGAGGUUGGUCACCUGUUUUUCCAUUGUAAAGUCACUACUGUAUUAUGGUGGGAGUCUAUGAGGUGGAUUAAGAUGGAUGGUCCCUUAGCAGCAUCCCCAGCAGAUCAUUUCAUUCAAUUCUGUGAAGGCUUUGGAACUGCCACUAACCAAACUCGCCGGCGUUGUUGGUGGAUUGCUUUAACAUCCACAAUAUGGCAGCAUAGGAAUUCUUUGGUCUUCCAAGGCAAGAGUUUCGAUCCUCCAAAAGUGAUGGAAGAUUCCCUAUUCCUGUUAUGGUCUUGGCUAAAAACCAGAGACAGGCACUUUAGUGACUCCUUUAAUUACUGGUCGUCCAAUAUAGUGCGUUACUUUGGUUAACUGAAUUUCUUCAGUUAUGUAUGGGAAGGGUGUAUCUGAGUUUCUCAGUUUUAUUUUGAUGGGCUUUUAUUUUCUUAUGCUCUCAGAUGUAUCUUUCACCAGCAGUACCUCUGGUGCUGCUGUGUUUCUUUGAUUUUAUAUAUAUAUAAUAUUUUGUGGCCCUUCAAAAAAAAAAAACAAUUAGAAGGAAAAUAUCGAGGGUUAAAAGCAUAGAUAUAAUGAAUUGGGAAACUACAGACUAACCGAUGUCCUGAAUCGAUAAUCUGUCUGUGCAAUGCAUCAGCUUCUAUAAAAUUUCUUUGUUUACGCGCAUCUAAUCUUUGAGCAAAUACAUGGACUAGGAUCAAGGCUGAUUCUCUUGGGUCUACUAUGCUAACAUAUACAGUUAAAGAGUCACCAUCUUCGACUGUCUUUGCAUCAACCUUAUCCCAUUGAGAUGAAUCAUGUCAUGUUGUCAACUAUUGUAUUUUCAAUUAAGUAUACUUUAUGACUUUAUUUUUGUGCAUUUCACGUUGAACUCCAUCAACCAAAGAAAAAAGGGGGUUGGGCAGUUCCAUGAACAGGGGUGUGUAGUGGAGGAAUUUCAUAGAAAUUCAACCAUCCCUAUAAAUUAAGUAACACAAAUCCCAUCCAUAAUGAACUUUGUUUUUGUUAUUAGGUAACAUGCUCAUCGUGGAUGAAAUUUGUGUUGCUUAAUCUAUAGGAAUGGUUGGCUUUCUAUGAUAUUUCUCCACUACACACACCUGUGUCCAACCCCCUUUUUUCUUGGAUGAUGGGAUUCAAUGUGAAAUGUACAUUUUGUCGAUAAUAUUUUCAUUUCAUUCAUAGAAAUAAAGUCAUAAGUAUACUUGAACUGAAAAUGUGAUGAUUGACAACAUGAUGUGAUUAAUCAUUAAUCUCAAUGGGACUAGGUUGCUGCAAGGAUAGUCGUAGAUGGUGACUCUUUAAUCGUAUAUGUUAGCAUAGUAAACCCAAGAGAAUCAGCAUUGGUCUUAAUCUAUGUGCUUGCAGCCCAUCGUCGAAGAUUAGCUGCGCGUAAAUAAAGAAAUUUUAUAGAAACUGAUGCAUUACACAGACAGAUUAUCGAUUUAGGAUAUCGGUAAUAUAUAGUUUUUCAAACUCAUUAUAUUUAUGUUUCUAACCCUUGGUAUUUUCCUUCUAAUUGUUUACUUAUUUAAGUCGAUUCCUAUUAAAAACCAAGAAAUCCUAACUAGAAAAUACAUGAUUCGAUUAAGAUAAUGUUCAAACAAGAACUAGUGUUUGAGUCUUAAGUUGUUGUGAAAGCUGUUAAUGAACUCUAGAAAUUAGAAACAAAACAGGAGAAUUGAUGCACAAGAUGCAACGUCAUAUGGCUAGAAAGCUAAGAUGAAACUUACAAAGAUUGUUCAAGACAGACAUUUGUGAAUUCGUGUUUAUGAGAAAGAUGACUAUGAUCGCUUUGUAGAUAUUGUAUAUUAUCAUGUCAUUUUUGUACAGGUAUUCAUUCAUUUAAAAUAAGAAUAAUAAAAUGUAUAUUUAAAAUGAAUGUAUACAUGUAAAAAAAUGACAUGAUAAUAUACAUCACCUACAAAGCGAUCAUAUUCAUAUUUCUCAUAAACACGGAUCCACAAAUGUCUGUCUUGAACAAUUUUUGUAAAUUCCGUCUUAGCUUCCUAGCCAUAUGGCAUUGCACCUGAUGCAUCAAUCCCCCUGUUUUGUUUCUAGAGUUUAUUAACAGUUUUCACAACAAUUUAAUAUUCUACCAUUAGUUUUUGUUUGAGCAGCAUUAUCUUAAUCAAAUCCUCUAUUUUCUUUCUUGAUUUUUAAUAGGAAUUAGCUUAAAUAAGCAAACAAGUAGGAAGGAAAUACCAAGGGUUAGAAGCAUAGAUAUAAUGAAUUGAAAAACUACAUAUUAACCGAUAUAUCCUACAUCGAUUAUCUGUCUUUGCAAUGCAUCAGCUUCUAUAAAGUUUUGUUUACGAGCAUCUAAUCUUUGAUGAUGGGCUGCAAACACAUGGACUGAGACCAAGGCUAAGGCUGAUUCUCUUGGGUCUACUACGCUAACAUAUAGAGUCACCAUAUGCGACUGAUUUUGCAUCAAUCUAAUCCUAUUGAAAUUAAUGAUGAAUCAUGUCAUAUUAUCAACUAUCACAUCUUCAUCUUAAGUAUACUUAUGACUUUAUUUUUAUGGAUGAAAUAGAAAUGUUACCGGUAAAGUAUGCUUUUCACAUUGAAUUCUAUCAGUCAAGGAAAAAAGGGGAUUGGACAGUUCCAUGAACAAGGGUGUGUAGUGGAGGAAUAUCAUAGAAAGUCAAUCAUUUCUAUAAAUUAAGCAACAAAAAUUCUAUCCAUAAUGAGUUUUGUUUUUGUUAUUAGGUGACUUAGGUAACAUGCUUAUUGUGGAUAGAAUUUGUAUUGUUUAAUUUAUAGGAAUGGUUAGUUUUUUAUGAUAUUGUUUCACUACACACCCCUGUGUCAAACUCCUUUUUUCCUUGGCAGACGGCGGCGCGGACGUGAAUCUGGCUCUAAUAUCAAGUUGAAGCUUUUGAUACUUUAAAUUUGAUUACAACUUAGAAGAAUUAACUACUUUGUGGAAUUAGCUUACAGCUGUUGCAGCUUGGAAAAUCAGACUUCUGCUCCUCACACAUAGUCUUGAAGGUAAUUGGGCUUUACUGAAUGUCUCUUUGGUUUGCUAUUGUUGUGGCUUGUUUCUAUUAUAAGGCCCGUGGUGUCCUUUGUGUUGUUACUGUUAUCAGCUUCAUAUCGCAUAUGGUUGUUCAGUUGUCACUUCUCUAAGUUCAUCUCUUGUUAUGUAACUAUCCCAAAUGGAAACCGAAUUUCAGUUAAGCAAGGAUGGAAUAAGAUUUAUAACUUAAAAAUAAAUGAAAAUCUAGUUUUAUAUGCAUGGAGUUUACCAAAUUCGGCUUUUUUUCAAGUUUUGUAUAACUUGCCAACAAGUGAUUCUGAUUUUAUGUUGCUAAACUCAUUACUUGACCUAUCUGUAUGUUGUCAUCCUUGUCCAAGUGUUGAAAAGCCUUAAACAAGGAUGAAAAGGAUGACAACGGGUCAGUUUUCAGUUCAUUUAUUUGACAAGGAUGACAACGGGUCAGUCUUCAGUUUAUUUAUUUGAUCAUCCUUAUAUAUACUGUAAACAAGGAUGACAACGGGUCAGUCUUCAGUUCAUUUAUUUGACAAGGAUGACAACGGGUCAGUCUUCAGUUCAUUUAUUUGAUCCUCCUUAUAUAUAUUGCUUAAUCAUAGUACAUACAGAUAGGUUAAGUAAUGAGUUUAGCAACAUAAAAUCAGAAUCACUUGUUGACAAGUUAUACAGAACUUGAAAAGAAGCCGAAUUUGGUAAGCUUCAUGCAUAUAAAACUAGAUUUUCAUUUGUUUUUAAGUUGUAAAUCUUAUUCCAUCCUUGCUUAACUUACAUUUUGUUUCCAUUUGGGAUAGUUACAUAACAAGAGAUGAACUUAGAGAAGUGACAACUGAACAUCAGAUGGGAGAUGAAGCUGCUAUAGAUGAAGUUGAACAUAUGUCUCAGGCCCUUUGUUUCUUCCUUUGAAAGAUUUUCUGCUACUACCCUCCAUGUUAACAAAAUAGACAAUCUAUUAGUCUGGUAUAUAUUAUUCUCUACCUCCUUAUAUGUGUCUUACCAAGCAAGUGUAACACGAUUUUUAUUCCAAAAUUUUCACUUAACUUUCCACCUACUCAACCAAAACUAAGACUAGUUGACAUUUUGCGUGAAAUUUGAAUACAUAUCAGAUUCAAUUUUUAUGCACAGAUAAAAUUUUGACAGACCUUCAAAGCAAGCUUCUUCAUCUGGUUCAUUGCUCUAAACCAUUUCAUCCUAAUUAAAACAGCACUGUCUGGAUGCUUGUCUGAUGCUUCACCACCUUCCUUCAACCAAGGGUGUUCGAAAAAUAUGGAAUGGGGUGAUGACAGCAUCAAUCAGUAGUUAAACUAUCAGAAUGCAAAUGGGUGAAAAUAGUUACCAAGGGCAUCAGCAGUUGUAAUGCAUUCCUUAGGGUCACAAGUCAGCAUUUUUCUAACCAAAUCUUUUGCAGAUUCUGAAAUAGAGGGCCAUGGCUCGUUGUCCAUAUCUAACAUUCCUUCCAAAAUAGCAUCAAACAUGCCUUUUUCGGUUUCUGAAGUUGACCAAUUCAUUGAUAUAUAAGGUCAUUAAUCAACAAAAAUAAAGCAAAAACAAGAUCCAGAGUUUGACUGUUCGGUCAUAACACGAUUUCACGAGCACGUCACAAGAUCCAGAGCUCGAUCUAACUAUAACCACCUGCGUAUGUUCAUAUAACCUCCAACACUUGACUUAGGAGAGACAAGUUACACUUCACACUAAAUGCUUUUGGGUUAGGUUUCCUGUUCUCCACACACGAUCUAGCUACAAGAACACUAAUAUAUUUUUGCCAAUGAUGUAGAAAAUGUGUCUAAAAAAGUGUUCGGACUAUCAUGUGUUUGACAUUUCUCAUUUGAUCAAGUGGCGGACAUUACUUUAGUUUCUGAAUCAUAAAUAAGGCUUGUCACAUUUUAUGAUCUACCAUACGUUAAAGAGUGCACUGGCAGCUGCAGCAGUUGUUGGGAUUCAAAAUCCGUGAGUUUCAAUGGGGCAUCCUCAAUGUUAUGAGCAGAAAUUCUGCUCAUAAGGAUCCUAGCUUUCGAGACCUAGGUGUCUCCAGAAAAAGGGGGUUAAGGAAAGGAACUUUUGAUUAUAUUGCUUUUUUUCAUUUGAAUACAUUGUUUGCUAUAUAUAAGAUCUUGGUCUGCUAUCACUUAGCUAAUGGUGUUGUGGCAUAUUGCCUUGGAGGAAAAGCAAAAGGAAGAUUCCAAAGUGAAAAAGCAAUCCCAACGGAAUUGUACUGCACAGCCGCAGAAGGACAGCCCUUGCUCACUCCACUACCUGCUGCAUUUUGUUGUUGUUCCUUGUUCCUAAUCAUAACAGGCUGUCUCCACCUUGUUUGCUGCUGUUUCUUCUUCGGUGUUGGAUUGCUCUGUGCUGAAUUACUCCACCUUGGGCUGAUUCAUAACACUCGACUUGGUGGCGAACAAGAAAUUCUCCGGCUUGAGGUCUCGAUGCAUCACACCCAUGAAAUGGCAGACGUGAACCACAUUCACAAUCUGUCUGAUGAUUGUGGUGGCUUCAGGCUCCGAGUAGUUCCCUCCCCACUGCAUAGCUCCAUGACAAGGUGCAUGUUCUUCCCGUCCUCAUAAGCUCCCUUGAAUUCCACUAUGUUAUGCUGCUCUGAAAGAUGCUGCAGAAUCAUGACCUCUCUUCUAACAUCCUCCACUUUUUGCGGCUUCUUCUUUGCUAUGGAUUUGCAUGCAUACGCUCGUCCUGUGGCUUUCUCUACACACAGAUUAGUCACCCCAAAUUUGCCUCUUCCCAGCUCUUCCUUCAUCUCGUACAUCUGCUUUAUUUUAAUGUAAGGUUUCCCUAGAUAAAUGGUCUCAAAGGUGAGACUAGCAAAACAAUCAGCCAAAUAAAUGAACAUGAGAUCAAUGGUCGUACAAAGUUGAAACAAAAUUGUUCAGAUGCUCUAUACCAAUUUUUUUAUAGAAGUUUUUCUUAACUUA